GUCUCAAGCUGGAAUCCUUCACCAAGUUCGUGGAUUUCAUAUUGGGGGAUAAGGUAGCCAACCUGCGCCUGCCCUCGAGCAGUGGCAAAGAGCAGUUUCCACCACGCCCCCCAUGGACGAUCGUACUAGCCUUCGAAUACAAGCUGCGCGCCGAGGCAAUGCGUAUGGUCGUAGAAGACGGCGAGACAAUUGCCGGAGCCUUGGAAAAGGUCGUCAAAGAUCCAUCUCUGAAGGAGACUUACUUUACCACGCCUUUGGCCCUCCAUGCAGCCGAGCAGCCUAGCAAGUACCGCAAAGGACCCACCAGACACUGUGACAUCCGCUCAUGUCUGGAGAAACUUGUGCCUAACAUCGUUGUUCGAGAGUUCGACAUUUGUCGUGACGACAAACAUGAUCUUGCCCAAGCAAACGUCUGGGAGGAGAUCUAUGCAGUGCUGGCUAAGCCUAACACUGUUUUCAUCACAAGCCCUCCGUGUAAUACACAUAGCCGGGCUAGACAUAGGAAGCCGGGCCCUCAGCCGCUCCGAAGCUCGGUGUGGCCGCGGGGCUUCCCAUGGUUAACACCGCCCAAGGCGGCCGCUGUCGAAGCACAAACUAUAUGA